AUGGCGGCAGGUGCUGAUCCUCCGGUGCACAGGGACGCCAAACUGAUGAUGGCGAACGGCCGUGGCGAGUGCCAGAUGCUGAAGGAUCUUGUGAACAAGGAGGAUCCUGCCAUGAUGAUGGUGGUCAUGGCGGCAAGCAACUCCGGGCCAUCUGCCGCCGCGACGGCAAGUCCUCCGGUGGUCGCCGCCAUGCAUCCGCUGCUACUAGCAUCAGCUUGCUCCGGGGAUUGGAAGGCGAUCAACUUUCUUCUCAACCGGGCCGAAGCACAGGCUGACCCUGCAUUUUUGGCGAGGAAGGAGAACGUGUGGAUUGUGGAUUCCGGUUGUUCGCGACAUAUGACCGGUGAUAAAAGUUGGUUCUCCUCUCUUGUGAGGGCAUCAAGGAAGGAUUCAAUCAUCUUCAGUGAUGCUUCUACUAGUACGAUCACUGCAACUGGAUCUGUCAAGUCUGGGAUUUUAGAUAAAUUUGAAUCACGCUCUCGUGAUGGACUUAUAUUAGGAUAUGCUGCCCAUUCUCGAGGUUACCGUGUACUUGUUUUAGAAACUAACAAAAUUGUUGAGACUUGUGAAGUCACUUUUGAUGAGGCUAGUCCAGGUACUAGACCCAAAAUUUCAGGUACAAUAUCACAGGUUCAGGGGGAGGAUAUAUUUGUGGAGGAAAGUGAUGACGAGGACGACAACGAAUUGUCGGCUGGUCAGACCGGUGGCACAAUGUCAGUCAGACCGCAGGCAGAAGAGCGGUCAAACAGGCCCGGAGGAUCUUCCUCAUGUGCUUCAGACCCAAGCAAGAAGCCCAGCGAAGAAUUUCUCAACUACCUGGAGAGGUACACCUCCUCCAGCAUCAACAGCUCUGCUGCUGGAAGCUCGCAGAUGCCAUUGCCAGCUGCUGCACUAUCUGCAGAGUCGAUUCUGAGGAGCGUCACCAUUGAGGGGGACACGGUACUGCACGUGGUGGCCACACAUGGGGAUCACGAAAACUUCUUGGAAUGUGCUAAACUCAUAUAUGAGAGGGCCCAACAUCUCUUGUUCAAGACAAACGGCAAGGGCAACACGCCCUUGCAUUGUGCUUCCAGGUCUGGUAAUUACGAUAUGGCUUAUCGCCUUUAUGGUGCAGCAAAGUCUACAAGCAAGGGAGCUGAAUAUCUCAGAAUGGAGAAUGGCUGUAAGGAGACUGCAUUGCAUGAGGCUGUACGCAAAGGUAAUAACCGCAUAGUAGAGUUUCUAAUGCGCGGGGAUUCAGAAUUGGCAAGAUUACCUAAGGAAGGCAUGUCACCGUUGUACCUUGCCAUCUUGCUAAAAAAUUAUGUCAUAGCAACAACUAUCCAUGAUAUUAGGGAAGACGGACUUGUGUCAUAUGCUGGACUAAAUGGGCAGAAUGCGUUGCAUGCUGCAGUUCUUCAAGACAGAGCGGUAACUGAACUCUUGUUGCGUUGGAAACCGAGCCUCACGGAACAAGCGGAUCAAAAUGGGAGCACACCACUACACUUCGCUGCAUCACGUCGGGUGGAAGGAAGAGGAUGCAUGUGGAAGUCAAGGAGUACAGUCGUGCCUGUGCUGCAAGAGAACCGAUUUCAGUUGUAUCGACCUGAUUCUGAAGGAUCUUACCCGAUACAUGUCGCUGCCUCCUCAGGUGCCAGACAGACGGUCAUCUAUUUUAUUAAGGAGCGGCCCGAGAUCGCUGGUUUCCGCGAUUCAAAGGGGAGGACUUUUCUUCAUGUUGCUGUAGAAAAGGACAGAAGAGAUGUAGUUCGGCAUGCUUGCAAUACUCGAUCCUUGGCCUGGAUUUUGAAUAUGCAAGACAAUGAUGGCAACACUGCGAUACACAUAGCAUCACAGCAAGGGCUUAUGUUACAUUUUAGUUUUCUACUGAUGAACAGGGGAGUGAACUUAAAUAUACAGAAUAAUAAGGGGCAAACUCCUUUGGAUAUAUCGCAUAGUAAGAUUCCUGCAGGAUUUUUCUACGCAUGGAACCCAGAAAACGUGAUAUUGUCGUUGCUAAAGAUUUGCAAUGCAAUGCCUGGUAGUCUUCGUGCAGAUCACCUUCAAGAACAAUAUAGUUCUCAGCAAAAACACGAGGAUAAAGUGAGAGAAUCGGAGAAACUGUCGAGUUCAUCACAAACUCUAGGCCUUGGGUCGGUGCUGAUUGUGACUGUCACAUUUGGUGCAACAUUCGCUCUACCUGGAGGCUACAAGUCAGACGAUCACUACAGAGCUGGUACACCAACUCUUGCUGGAAGGUAUUGUUUUGAUGCAUUCAUCAUGGCCAACACAUUAGCAUUCAUUUGCUCGGUCUUAGCGACAAUCAACCUUAUGUACUCCGGAAUCUCCAUGGUUAAUUUGCCCUCCCGUCGCUGGCACUUCAAGAUGUCUUCACUCCUGGUCGCCGGUUCAGUGACAAGCUUGGGUUCUGCCUUUGCGCUAGGCAUGUACUUGGUGCUGAUCCCAGUAUCUCCGGCUAUUGCAGCUACAAUAUGUGCACUGAUGGUGAUUGCAUCUCUAUGGUUAUGCAUGGAACCUUGGUAUGGCUUUCUUAUCGGAACGGCAGUAUAUUUCAGAAUCGGUAACCAGGCGUUGCUGGGGAUUGCACAGAUUUUCAUUCGCCGAAUGGUUAUUAUAUAUUGGCCUUGUAUAUUAAUCUUCGGAUGGGUUGCACUGUCGAGGACUACUGGACACAAUUGA